UCGGAGAAAACCGCGAGAUUUUAGUUCGCGAUUAAUUUGGAGCAUUGUUUAUGACUUAAAGUGCAAGGUCUGGCGUGGUUAUGUUAAUUUCAGAAGGGUUUACCCGAACGGUUUGCGAGGUUGACCGACCAUCAUAAUGCGGGUCUCUAGAGUCUCGGCCCGGCUCUUCCUCAGCGAUCUGGACUCAGCACUGAACGAGGCGGUUCUGACCAGCAGGAAUGUCACCCUCAUCAUCAACGCUACCAGACUGCAGGACGUCUCGUAUCCGGCGCUGGACGGCGUGCAGGUCCUCCAUGUUCCCGUCCAGGACCAACCCCAUGCCCCACUGAGUCUAUACUUCGACCCGGUGGCUGAGCGGAUCCAUCAGAACCAGAGAGGGUCCACUCUGGUCCACUGCUCGGCGGGCAGGAGCCGCUCUCCAGCUCUGAUCAUGGCUUACCUGAUGAGGUUUGAAGGUCUUAGCCUCUGUCAGGCCCAUGAACUGGUUCUGGAGUGCCGACCCUUCAUUCGACCCAACGCUGGGUUCUGGAGGCAGCUGAUGGAGUACGAGAGGAAGCUGUCGGGUCGGAACACGGUGAGGAUGGCGAGGACUGCAGCUGGAGUUCUGCCUGAAGCCUUACUGGAUCAGGGUGGUACCAAGUACUGUGUGAACGUGUAACAGUUUGGUUCUGACCCAGACAAUGAAGGCCAGAACUUUUAAAAGAUGAAGACAACAAUACACAGACAUGGUUAAAAAAA